AUGGCCGUUGGAAAGAACAAGCGCUUGUCGAAAGGCAAGAAGGGUAUCAAGAAGAGGACCGUCGAUCCUUUUUCCAGGAAGGAUGAAUACUCCGUGAAGGCACCCUCAACCUUCCAGAUCAGAGAUGUUGGGAAGACUCUGGUCAACCGCACCAGCGGUUUGAAGAAUGCGAACGACUCCUUGAAGGGACGGAUUUUCGAGGUUUCUCUGGCUGACCUGCAGAAUGAUGAAGACCACGCCUUCCGCAAGGUGAAGCUUCGCGUGGACGAAAUCCAAGGAAAGAAUUGCCUAACCAACUUCCACGGCCUGGACUUCACGACCGAUAAACUGCGGUCCCUUGUGCGCAAGUGGCAGUCGCUUAUCGAAGCUAACGUCACCGUGAAAACAACUGACGACUACCUUCUUCGUCUGUUUGCCAUCGCUUUCACCAAGAGACGCCCCAAUCAGAUCAAGAAGACCACAUAUGCCCGUUCUUCCCAGAUCCGUGCAAUCCGAAAGAAAAUGACCGAGAUUAUGCAACGGGAGGCAGCCAGCUGCUCUCUGGCGCAGCUCACCACGAAGCUGAUCCCGGAAGUCAUCGGGCGCGAGAUUGAGAAGGCUACCCAGGGGAUUUACCCUCUUCAAAAUGUCCACAUCCGCAAGGUUAAGCUCCUUAAGUCUCCCAAGUUUGAUCUGGGUGCAUUGCUGAACUUGCAUGGCGAGUCGACCACCGAUGACAAGGGCCACAAGGUUGAGAGAGAAUUCAAGGAGCAAGUCCUUGAGAGCGUUUAA